UCCACUUACCCAUCUUCUCCUCCAGUUACUACACCCUUUAUAUAUUAAGCUUAAACCACAACGAUUGCUAAACCGGAAAUUAAUCGGAAUCAUCAACAUGACACGUCGUGCUGGUUUGUUAAACUGGGGAACAGCAGAAGAAGAUGAAGAGAAACAAGAAAUGAACGAACGUAAAAGCGACGGCGAUGAAGGUAGUGAAGAAGACGGUGAAGAUGAUCUGUUCGAGAUAAACUUGGAGGCUGUGCAUGCUCUGACGUCGUCUCCAUCGUAUGAUUGGAAGAGAUUUCCGGUAAGGACAGGAAGCGUUUUACUGGCUAACUGUCUGUUACCAGCUGCAGAUAUCUCCAGUGCAGUACCGGCAACGUCAAAGGCUUGGAAUGAUUUGGUUUGGCUUAGAGGCAUUCUUUAUGUUGAAAAACUAGGUCUUGAUACUAAAGACGCUUAACUAGACAAGUUAUGGUGCUGUGCCGCCAAAAUCUAGUGAUGGAGAGGUAAUGUUGUUGUCUAUACAUGGAUGUGUUCAGACUAGUGUUUAAUGCAAAACAUUGUAAAGGAUAUAAACGAAGUUUGGUUUCAGUCGAGUCUUAA